CGAGCAGCGAUAAAUAAAUAGUCGGGAGAGAUUAGGUUUUCUCACUCUUCUCCCACUAUCUCACUUGCAUUCUGUCUGCCGACUAGGGUUUCAAUCCCAUUUUCAUUUUCCUCCUAUCUUAUAAGGAAAUUUACAACAACUGUGUUAUUCUCAGCCUUAGAUCUCUACCGAUGGGCCCGUCUGUCAAGAAGAACUAGGUUUUCUCCCUUCCUUCUAAAUCUCUGUGGAGUUAGGGUUUCUCCAUUUCAAUACCUCCCUCUCUCUCUCGAAAUGGCGUCGACGAACCCUUUCGAUCUGUUGGGAGACAUCGACAAUGACGAUCCGUCGCAGCUGAUAAUCGCUGCGCAGCAGCAGCAGCAGAAAGCCGCGCUGCCGAAGAAAAGUGCGGCCCCGGCUCAAGCGUCUGCUCUUCAGCCGACUCAGGCCAAAAUGCCAUCUAAGCCCCUCCCUCCUACUCAAGCUGUGAGGGAAGCAAAGAAUGAAGUUGGUUCUGGGCGAGGAGGCCGUGGUGGUGGCCGUGGAUCUGGGCGUGGGCGCAGCAGUGGAUUUUAUCGAGAUGCCAGCAAUAAUGAGAAUUCAUUCAAUAAUGGAGUUCCUGGAGGUUAUGGUGCAGUUGAAGAUGGAGAUUCGGGGAAGCCUUCGGAAAGAGGGCGUGGCUCGUAUGGUGGACCUCGUGGUCCCUUCCGUGGCGGUCGUCGCGGUGGUUUCAGUAACGGAGAGGUGCGGGAGGGCGAUCGCCAGCGGAGGCAAUUCGAACGCCACAGCGGAACUGGACGCGGGAGCGAGAUUAAACGUGACGGGGCUGGUCGUGGGAAUUGGGGAACCACAAAUGAUGAAAUUGUUCAGGAAACUGAAGAAUUCGUGGAUACAAAUGAGAAGAGCUUGAGCCCGGAGAAGAAGCUGGGAGAGGAGGAUGCUGCAGCUGUCAACAAGGAGGGCGCUGUGAAUGAGCCUGAAGAGAAAGAACCUGAAGAUAAGGAGAUGACUCUUGAUGAGUAUGAGAAGGUACUGGAAGAGAAGAGGAAGGCUCUGCAAGCAUUGAAAACUGAGGAAAGGAAGGUUGAUCUGAAGGACUUUGAAUCCAUGCAACAACUUUCCUCCAAGAAGGACAACAAUGACAUCUUCAUUAAAUUGGGCUCUGAAAAGGACAAGCGGAAAGAGACUGCUGAUAAGGAAGAGAGAGCAAAAAAGUCGGUUAGCAUAAAUGAGUUCUUGAAACCGGCAGAAGGCACCAAGUUUCACGGAGGUCGUGGUCGGGGGCGUGGGGACCGUGGCUUUCGAGGUGGGUUUGCUGGAGGUAACAUGAUGAACAAUAUGGCGGCUCCUUCCAUCGAAGAUCGUGGCCAGUUCCCAAUCUUGGGUGCCAACUGAGAUUUGACCAUGCCCCGGUUUUCUCUUCAGUUUUUUCCCCCAUUUGGGCUUCUAAUUUCCUUGGUGUUGAAGAGUAGUUGGGCAAGUGGCAGGAUCCACAUGAAUAAUGAGGUUUCCUGUAUCAGUAAGAGAUUGAAUGUUUUAAAUGUAUAUUUAGGCAAUUUACAGUAGUAUGCUAUAGUUGCAUGACUGACUGGCAACGUGCAGGUUCAUGUGCGCCUUACCCCUUUUGUUACACAUUUAAAAUUUUAGGUAUUUUGGGAAUUUUGAUGGAUCUAAGAA